GUCAAAUGAUUUAAGAUGUCAGGCAGGCGUAACAUGAAUGCAGCUAGUAGUUGUAGACGAGGUUGUUUUUUCAGAUAACGGUAUUAAAAAGUGUAGUGCGGUGUCGUUGUUUAAACGUUUUUAUUAAUUUUUAUGUUUCCACAGUAUUAGUGUAACAUAUAUUUUUCUCUUUCUAACGCUGCACAACUUAACACAUUACCCUACCUUUAACUAUAAUGGUGGUUUCGGGAGUGGCGUUUGUGAUAGAAAUGCAAAAUUUUUAAAUAAUUUGACGUGUAAUUUCUGUAAUAAUACACUUUUCAAGUUAUGUGUUGUGUUUGCAUUUCCUAAACGCAAUGUUUCGUUGUAUUCCAAUUUUCAAAGGCUGCAAUAGGCAAGUUGAGUAUGUUGAUAAAAGACAUAGCUCCUUACCAACAGUUCCUGAAGAAAUCCUAAGAUAUUCAAGAAGUUUAGAGGAAUUGUUACUCGAUGCCAAUCAUAUCAGAGAUUUGCCAAAGAAUUUCUUUCGUUUACAUCGUUUAAGAAAACUUGGGCUUAGUGAUAAUGAAAUUAAUAGGCUGCCACCUGAUAUACAGAAUUUUGAAAAUUUAGUGGAAUUAGAUGUAUCAAGAAAUGAUAUACCAGAUAUACCUGAGAGUAUUGGUGCCUUGCAAGCUUUGCAAGUAGCAGACUUUAGCUCAAAUCCAAUUCCAAGACUUCCAUCUACUUUUUGUCAAUUGAAAUCAUUAAAAACUCUAGGACUCAAUGAUAUGUCACUUACAUCCUUACCUGCUAGUUUUGGUAUGCUCACAUCAUUAGAGUCUUUAGAAUUACGUGAAAAUUUAUUGAAGGAAUUGCCUGCCACACUCUCUGAACUGGUAAAGCUUGUUAGACUUGAUUUGGGUGAUAAUGAAAUAGAAGAGCUGCCACCACAUAUUGGUAAAUUACCAGCUUUGCAAGAAUUAUGGUUGGAUCAUAACCAGUUGCAAAGGUUACCCCCUGAAAUUGGGGAGCUGACAAGUUUAACAUGCUUAGAUUUGUCAGAAAAUCGAUUAGAAAGCAUUCCUGAAGAAAUUUCUGGUUUAAAGAACCUAACUGAUUUGCAUUUAUCGACAAACGUCCUAGAAACAUUACCUAAUGGUAUUGGGAAGUUAGAGAAGUUAAGUAUUCUAAAAGUGGACCAAAACAGACUGACCAUUUUAAACUGUACAAUAGGGUGCUGCUGCAACCUGCAAGAGCUCAUAUUGACUGAGAACUUUCUUAGCGAACUGCCAAAAGAAAUAGGCAAUUUAGUUAAAUUGACCAACCUGAAUGCUGAUCGCAAUAGUUUGACUGUGAUUCCAGAUGAAAUCGGUAAUCUUCGUGAACUGGGUGUAUUAAGUUUACGUAAUAAUCGGUUAGUUUCGUUGCCCGAUACAUUGGGCAAAUGUGAGUCAUUACAUGUCUUAGAUGUUUCCGGCAAUCGUUUACCCUACUUACCAGUUUCAUUAAUACAAUUGGGACUCAAAGCUGUAUGGCUAAGUGAAAAUCAAGCUCAACCAUUAUUAACAUUUCAAACUGAUACUGAUAACGCUACUGGAAAAACAGUUUUAACAUGUUUUUUGUUGCCUCAACAGGAAUACAGACCUCCUUCGGUUCCAGAGGAUGCUGGAAGUGACGACGACUGGGAGGAGCGCGAAGCCAGUAGGACACAUUCUGUUAAGUUCACUGACCCUCAAGAACCUGACUCCAAAGAGACGCCAUUUGUUAGACAGAACACCCCCCAUCCUAAAGAGCUAAAAGCCAAAGCUCAUAAGCUUUUUGCAAGGGGUCAAAAUUCUUUAGAAGAGAGCAGCGACAUUCAGUCGGAGCCUAUCGUUGAGGCAGCUAAUCCCAUCGUUCAAAUACCGGAAACGAGAGUAGACAGAGAUGGCGAUAAUUACUUUAUCGAAAAUAACCAAAACAGCAGAGAAAGUUCGGAAGAAGAGGAAGACGAUGAUGAUGGCACUGAUAAUGAGCUCUCUACAAAGCGAGUGGGAUUCACGGGUAAUGUGGAUAGCGGUGACGAUGCAUGUUCAGCGAAACCUAGCCGAUUGCAUCGUCGAGAUACACCGCACCAUCUCAAAAAUAAGCGCGUGAAUGCGGCCGUCGACAAAGACAAGAUCACGUCCAUCAUUGCCCAGGUGCUCAAGCGUAGAGAUGACAUUUCUGAAACUUGUACCACUACACCGCUGAAUUCGCUGGAGAAGGAACAAGUCACAAUUGGCAGUGAAGCUGGUGGUGACAUUAAAUCAGCGGUGGACGUGGUUGAAGAGAUCUACGAAAUUCAUAUUGAACGAUCAAAUACAGGUCUGGGCUUAUCGAUAGCGGGUGGAAAAGGUUCAACACCUUUUAAGGGCGACGACGAGGGCAUUUUCAUAUCAAAAAUAACAAGGGGUGGCCCUGCCGAUUUAGCCGGACUUUGCGUCGGUGAUAAAGUGCUCAAAGUGAACGGAGUUUCGGUUAUUAAUGUAAGUCACUAUGAUGCCGUCGAAGUUCUUAAAGCGUCUGGUCCGCUAUUAACUCUGGAAGUAAGUCGCGAAGUGACUCCUGAAAUUGUCGAAAAUUCCGAUAUCAAAAGCGAUAUGCAAAACAACAAUACCAUCGCGAAACCUCCUAAACCUGCUUCUCCUUCCCCUCCAGAAUUACCGGAAGAAAAUAAAGAUAACUUCACACAAAGAGUUUUGAUCCAUACCACUCUCAUACGUGAUUCGCAAGGAUUAGGGUUUAGUGUUGCGGGCGGUAAGGGAUCGCCUUGCUUCCAGCCUGGCAGUGACGAUCUGUAUAUAUCACGGAUAACCGAGGGAGGUGCAGCACAUAGAGAUGGAAAAUUGCUUGUUGGUGAUAAACUUGUCUCGAUCAAUGGCAUCGAUCUCGCGAUGGCCACCCAUGAUCAAGCGGUCAGUUUGUUAACUGGUCUGGAACGAUUUGUUAGAAUUGUUGUUGAACGGACAGUAAACGUGCCCUCUGGUAAUCUCAAUCAGCCCUCGUCGAUAUUCGCCCUGCAAAAGGCUUAUCCUGGAUUAUAUACAAACAGAAAUGCGGAGCAGUUCAACACCAUAGCAUCCGAGAAAGAGAAAAAGAACUACAAUCAGCCUUUGUCUGAAUCAAAAUCGACCAACGGUUACGCUACACUUCCGCCCAAAGUUGAUCUUCCCCAACCCGCUCCGCGAAAGCUAAGUACUAAAAGCCCAGACCAAACUCAAUCGUUUUCUUCGAGCACUUUGCCCCCUAUCUAUACAACUGCUAGUCAACAACAGCAUACAAUUCCCACAACUACUCCAUCGACCACGAAAAAUUAUGCUUACCAAAACCAAACGCCAACAAUGACUCCAAACGCUAGCAUCAACAGUAACCACCACCACCAGGAAGCUGCUGCAGAUAAGGACCGCAAUAAUAAGGCGGAUCCGCCACCAUUUUCGUCUCUCGAGGGAGACGAUUUACAGGUACUGCCAAGGCCUAUCACAAAUGAGGAAUUCCAAGCCAUGAUUCCUGAUCAUUUCCUUAAAAAACCUUCCCCUCCUACCGAACCUAGUUCCGCAGUGACCGUAACGAUUCGCAAGCCGGAUACGAUCGAAUUGCCCCCACCGUCUACGGGGCCAGGAAGAAUCACCGAAACCAUCACCAAGAGUACAUUCACUGAAACCGUGGUCACUCGCAUAACCGAUAAUAAACUGGUUGUGCCCGUGAUCAUUGAGAACGUAAUUUUAAACAAGUCCGGAGGUUCUCUAGGAUUCAGUAUUAUUGGAGGAACUGAUCACUCUAGCAUACCAUUUGGUGCAAAAGAACCCGGUAUAUUUAUUUCUCAUAUGGUACCAAAUGGGACUGCUGCAAUGAGUGGAAAACUCAGAGUUGGAGAUCGAAUUCUCAAAGUUAAUGAUAGUGACGUAACGCAAGCUACCCACCAAGAAGCUGUCAUGGAACUUCUACGACCUGUGGACCAAAUUAAGCUAACGAUACGUCAUGAUCCACUGCCAGAUGGUUUUCAGGAAAUUGUUUUGAUGAAAGAAGAAAACGAGAAGCUUGGAAUGCACAUAAAAGGCGGCUUGCAGGGGCAAAGAGGAAAUCCUCUUGAUAGAACCGACGAAGGUGUAUUUAUAUCAAAAAUUAAUUCUGUUGGUGCGGCUCGUAGAGAUGGCAGAUUGAAAACUGGUAUGCGGUUAAUCGAAGUUAACGGUAAAUCCCUACUGGGAGCCACUCAUCAAGAAGCAGUUAGUGCAUUAAGAUCCUGUGGAAAUGUCAUUCGAAUAACUGUCUGCAAAGGAUACGACCGAGCAGAAGUGGAAAAAGCAAUUUUAGAUGGGAAACUGACAAGAGGGGGUUCGAUAAGCAGUCGGUCUCAGAGUGUUAGUUCCUUAGAUUUUCCAGAUGAAGAAGUUAGACAAGAAGCAAAGUUAAGAUCUGAAUUGGACCAGUUUGAGAAGGAGGAUGCUGAAAAACGACUGGGAUUGAUUGAAAGACAGUCAGAAGAAGAUUUAAGUCUCGUAGAGGCUAGACACGCAACAACUCCAGUAGAGAAGGUAAUGGACGUAGUAAGAGCAGUGGAAAACCUUGCAUUGAGUUCUACAACCGAAACCCCUGUGGCUCCAAAAUCGCCUGGUGGUCCCAAUACUGAACUCAAAACUACCACUGUGGUAAUGAGUAAGCACACUUUGGCACCGCAGUUGGAUACUCCACCACAAUCGCCAAAAAGCGAUAUAAAAAACAUGAGUGUCAGCGAUAAGAAAAAGUUUUUUGAAAAUGCGAUGGAUGAAAGCCAGAAAGUUCCAAAACCAGCCAAACCGUUUAGUUAUCUAAGUGCGGAUGAAAUCGAGAAAAUGAAGGACGAAGAAGAAAAAAAAUUUGCAUCGCUAGUUCGAGCUGAAGUAAGCUCCUUGGGAACAUUAGAUCAUUCCGACAGUGAAUCGGUCGAUUCACAACCAUCCAGACCGGCUAGUACAAUUGGAAUUGUUCGAACUGCUAAAGCGGAACGUCGAUUACGAGAUAAAAUAAGAGCGGAAGGCCUUCUAACAGACGAGGACGACAUUUCUCUUUCUCCUGCGCAAGAACGUGCACUAAGAGCUGAGAAACGGGCAGCAUGGAGACAAGCAAGGCUUAAAUCUCUCGAACAGGACGCGAUACAAGCUCAAAUGGUCAUUAAAUCUAUGACCGAUAUGGUAGAGGUUGGUUUAAAUCCUUCCGAGAAAAAGGAUCAGGACUCGGGUAACAUCACUAAUAGCAGUGCGUGUAUUCGACUAUGGCCGUCCAGUAACGAUUUUCCAAAACUAGCAAUCACAUCGAAACCAGGAAAUACAACAGUGCGAGAAAACGAGAAGUUGCUUGGAGAAAAAGUCACACGUCGCACUGAAGAAUAUAUUGACGAUGCGACAGGUGAAAAGCGUGUACGAACCGUUGAGUAUGUAGAGAAGUUGAUUGAGAAAGAGAUAGAGACGUGCCAGGAGAAAAUAAUUUCUUUAGAACUAACAAAGCCGGAAACUACAGUUUUGCAUUUGGAAAUUAAUGGUAAUAAAAUCAUAAAGGAAGAUGAUGAAGAAACUGAAAAGUCUGACGUAACAACCCCUACUGCCGCAGAAGAAGAUGAAUUACAGGUGAAGGAUGAUAGGAAACAUUUAACGAGUGCAAAGAGAAAGAAAAAAAGAAGUAAAAAAGGAAAGAACUAGUACAAGAGUUUUUUAUACAUCACAAAAUAAAUAUCUUCGGUGGUUGGGUGUUCUUAUUUAUAACAUGAAAACAUUUUUUUUAGUAUGUUAACAUAAAUAUGUCCUACAGUUAUAGGUAUUUUAAAAAGUCUCAAACGACAUGUAUUUUUGUAUUUAAGCAUAUCAGGAAAUGAUACUUCCACAGUAUUUAAUUGUAAGAUAUUUUUAAUAUAAAACAUUGCAUUUCUAAUUACAUAGAUUUGUUAAAGUUAAUGAAAAAGAAAGUAUAAUCAAAUAAAUUAUAUUUACACAAUUUAAUUCACCAAUCUAUUCAUUUAUUUUUGAGGUAACAAUUGGCAUUUAUGUACUUAUGAAAGCAAUUUAUUUUACUUAUUAAACAAUUUAUAACCAUGUCCUUCAUUUCUGUAAAUUGUGAUGAUAUGUAUAGCUAAUAAAACUACUCUCAUUAUUUAAUAGGUACUUAUUAUAUACUGUUUAAUAUACGGAGG